CUGCUUGCUGUCCGUAGCUCCACCUCCGGAACACGCGGGAUCUUAAUCGACCGGGACCUUCAAUGUCUUAGUAAUGGCGCAACAAGACUGUUUUCGAGAGCAAUGCUUCAAGUAAAUAGUUAGAGAGUCGGAGGUGCUGGAAGCUGCCUGCGCAAGACGGAGCAACUCAUUUCCCUAUCUUGGUUUACCGCCUACCUUCUGUCCCUCAUCUCCCUGUGUUAAAUACGAGAUCACUGGCACAAUGUCAACCAGUAGCUAUCUCGGCCUGUCAACCUCAUCAUCCCCCUUCGCAGCGCCAGCGGCCUUCCUGGCCUGGAACUGGAUCUACGCCUACUGCGUAUUGUCCAGCCGAACAUUGAAACAAAUCCGGGGCAUCGACCACAACGGAAACCCGCGCCAGGAUCUCAACAAAUACGCCGACGCGGCGGUUCGCGAGGGAAAAUUGACCCGGGCCCAGUUGGAGCAGAUUCAACGCCUGGAAGCUGCCAGCGCGAAUUCGAUCGAGGGAUAUACGUUUUUCGUGGCUUCCGUCCUCUUUGCCCUCGUCGCAGGUGUCCCCAGAUCGACUUUGAAUGCCGCCUGCACCACAUACACCAUUGCCCGCCUGGUCUACGGUGCGGUCUACGUUUUCAUCCCCGACGAUCUAUAUAGUCAGUUGCGCGGAUUGGCCUGGUGGACAGGGAAUGUUAGUUGUUUCUAUUUGCUUUGGAAGGGUGCUCGGUCGUCGGCGCUUCCAAUUGCAUGAUUGGAAGGUACCGGAGCAAAAGCACUGCGCGAGUUGUCCCGUGUAAUCAGCACUGCUGCUGUUGGGUUUGGAGGACUCAUGAACUUGAAUGGGGUCGCAGGCGGAGUUGGAGUGUUGUUUGUCUUUAUUUGCUGUUCCACUGUAGAUUAAAGUGAUGAAUCUUCGCUCCUCCACCUGAUAUCUAGAGGUAGUUGUAACAGUAAGCUGUUAUGAGCUCCCAUUUCUUUCCAA